AUGCCCACCGACGUCGAUCCCUCACGCGUGAUCGACGUCACCUCGCUCCUGCACCGCAACUGUUCCGAAGACGUGUACACCGAUAUCGGUCGCGAGAUCGUUGCGCAGUGUCGAGCGACGGGUUUUUUCUCCGUCUCUCUAACGGUUUGUCCCGACGGUAAGUUCACCGCCCUGGAUGCGUGUCUCCGGGCGUUGAGCCGCGCCGAAUACGUCGACGAUGACGUAUCGAUAUCGGCCGAGACCUCGGACCCGGGUGUGGUGACGUUCGAGGACUGUCGAACGUGGUUCGCGCGUUCACCGGUUGAAAAAUCCAAGUACGCGCUCGUCGACGGGCGCGGGUACCAGAGAUUGGGCGAAAACGUUACCGAAAACGCAGCGGAUCAACAUGAGGCGAUCGACUAUUAUCGACCAUACGCUGUGCGUGAGCCCGGGACGCUGAAGGGGCCGCAUGUGGACGUGGGGGAUGAUGCGCUCAACGCGCGUGUGGAUGCGAGAGCGCUUGGCUCGAUGCGGCUCGGUCGAGCGUUACUGCGAGCGAUCGCCCGGUACUUGGAACGUGACUUGGAAGGGAUGUUAGAGAGACCGAUCGAAUCGCUCGUCGAUCGCUCGUUUUGGAUCUUACGACUGAUACACUCCCCCGGAAUAAGUGAUGAUGACUCCGAGAUGGACGAGAAGAUGAGUUGCGGUGCGCACACGGAUUACGGAUUCUUGUCUUUCUUACAAGCCACGCACGCGGGAUUGCAGGUUAAGCACGAAGACGGGAAGUGGGUCAAUGCACCGCACGGCGAUGAUGUCAUCGUGUGCAACAUCGGUGAGAUGCUCGAGCUCUGGACCGAUGGAGCGCUCAAGGCGACUCGGCACAGAGUGAUUCGUCGGAGGCGCGAUUCGUGUUCAAAAGAAUCCAGAUACUCCAUCGCCUUUUUCUAUGAACCGAAUUACGAUGCAGUGAUCGACAAUAAUUUGACCGGUACCCUCCCAUCAGGGCGAAUCCGACGCGUGCGCUACGCUGACUUUCUGAACCGAAAGGUUGCGUCAAACUUUCAGACAGUUGCGUGA